AUGUUCAACUCGUGGGGCCUCGUCAAUGCCUACGGCACAUGGUCUUCGUACUACGUCGGCCACUCAUUGCGAGGAAUUGAUCAACUUGAACUGAACCUGAUCGGAUCGACGCAGUCCUUUAUUGUGCUUCUUCUUUCAAACGUUGUUGGCAGACUUCUGGAUGCUGGUCAUUCUCGCAAAGUGAUCGGAUGCGGUACUUUCCUCGUUCCAUUUGGCUUGUUCAUGCUUUCCGUUGCGCACCCUAGCGACGUCGAGGCCCUCGGAAACUUUGGCUCAAUUUGGGCAACACAAGGCCUUGUCGUUGGCCUGGGCAUGGGGACCUUUUUCGUAUCCAGCUCUCAAGUCGCUUCAACAUGGUUCCCUAAGCGCAGAGGCCUUGCCGUAGGUUAUGUUGCUUGUGGUGCCAGUGUAGCCGGCGUGAUAUAUCCCUCGAUGCUGCGCUACCUGAUCAAGUCGGUAGGGUUCAACGAUGCUGUGCGCUACGUUGCGACCCUCACAUCCGUGACAUGCAUCUUUUCCUUUAUCUUCUGCACACCCGAUCCUGCCCACGAGCAUCACGAACCGAAGACAUGGGGAAAGCUCACAACCUGGUUCGAUACAGAAGCCUUCCGCAACAAGGCCUUUUGCUGGUUUACUGCUGCCAUUGCUUUCAUGUUCUUUGGCUUCUAUCCCGUCUUCUUCAACCUCGAAGAGUGGGCAUCAGUACGCGGAUUCGGUACUCGCAAUCGAUCUUCUUCCGAAAUAGCUCCAGUGGACACAACCAACAAACCCCUUCAGACCUUCUGGCUACUUGUCAUCAUGAACGGAGCUUCAACUGCUGGACGGAUGCUUCUUGCUCACUUCUCGGACUGGGUUGGUGCUCUCAACAUGCACAUCGGCUCCCAGUUUGUAGCUUCAAUGCUCACACUUGUACUCUGGUCCCAAGCUGGGUCAGAGACUGAUGCUAUCGCCUUCUGCGUAGUUUUCGGUAUCUUCUCCGGAAUGGUCAUCGGCCUACCUCCUGCAUCAAUCGGCCAUAUUCUCAGUCGCUCCUACGCCGAGCCUGACAACAUUCAGUUCGCAAAGAAGAAGCUCGGACAUUGGACAGGCAUGAUGUACACCUUCGCCGCCAUUCCAGCUCUGACUGGCCCUGUCAUUGCUGGUCAUCUCAUCACAAAGUACGACACAUAUAUCACUGUGCAGAUGUGGUCUGGCACCAACUUGAUGCUCUCAUGUUUCUGCAUGAUCAUCUCUCGAUGGAACUUACCUUGCGACAAUGGCGAGCAUGCGAAGGACGCAGUUAUGCGCGCGAUGAGCUUCGCGGAGACCACUGAGAAGCGUAGUGCCAGCGAAGCACCUACUACGACGAGAGACCCUCUGUCGCAGGCCCCAACCCGUGUUCCAAGCACACGCUCUCAAGCUUCGGACAUGGUCUGA